AUGAUAAGCGAAGAACGAACGGGUGCCAGGCCAAAAUUAAACCCUAAGCGAUACCCAUCCAACGACGGCGGACUGCUACAGAGAGCUACAGUCUACCGGCGAAAUCAAACGUCAGUUGGCUUGAGCGAGGUGGAAGGAGACUUGUGGAGUUGCGGCGGAAGCCUGGCGAGCGGAUUCAGCGCGGCGAUUUGCGGACGGCUGCUGGCGGACGGCUUCUGACGGGCGCCUGGUUUGAAUGUUACACUUAAUCCCUUCUCUCUGUAAAUCAAUAUUUGGAUGAUUUUUUUUUAUCUUUGUAAAUCAAUAUCUCUUAGAUUUCAGAAGGAGGAUUCAGUGAGUCAGACUUUCUUCUUUAAGUGGUGUUACGGUUAUGCUAUUGGAAGAAUUUUUAUGCUGAUAAAGUAGUUUUUACCUUCAUCAUUCAUGUUGCCAAUAUUUGAAACAUUUCCAAAUGUCUACCAUUCAACAACAUCUGUGAAGUUGUGUGACUUUGUCCAAAGCCCUAUGUUUGGGUACAUUAUAGUGUUCAUUCUCAUCAUCAAUCUUGUGGCUGUGGUAAUACUAUGAUAUGUGUAACCUGCAUAUUUACUACUAAAUCAGAGCAUUUGACACACAAAGUGUGUUUUGUAAAAUUUCAUAAUUUGCCCUAAACAUUUCAGCUUGAUAUAGAAGGCAUUUCUUCUCAAACCUUUUGGCAGAAGGUAGAAAUCGUCUUUGUUGAAUCGUUGUGGAAUUUGAAAGGAGUAUGUUACGUUUUAAAGAAGUUUGUAUUGAUGUAUGAUUUUAAAGAGGUAAAGGGAAUGCUGCAAAUAAUCAAAUGCUGCGAAUGAGCAAAAAAAAGUUCUAAAUUGAGAGGGAGAAGCAGGCGAGCAAGUUAGCGUUAUGUGAAGUUUUGGACACAUGCCACCAACACGGAUGCUCGCGCUACGACUGCCAACCAUGGCCGCCGCCGGUUUGGCUGCACAAUCAUUCCUACGGAGAGGCAUGACGUCCUUAAUACUUCCCCACUCUAUUGACCCAAUGACGGGCCUCUACACCACUGGGCCUUUUCUCAGCAGAACACCUCUUAGAUCUCCAGCAUUUGGAAUAUGCAGUGCAACACAUGCUAUAAAGGGUGAUGUGGAAGGUCUUACAAAAGGAGGAGACAAGGAUACAAUUGAGAAUGUUAAACACAUUAUUGAAAUGGCAGAGCGAGCAUCUUUAAGGAGAGAAGUUCUACAUACAGAUUUUCUCACACCACUUGUACUAAAAGAAUCAAUGCUAGUGGUAGGAAAGUUGAUAAAUGUCAAAGCUAUUGCUCAGGGAGGGUACCCAGAGGCUGAACGUUGCAGACUCUCAGUUGGACAUCCCGAGGUCUUGGCAACUGAUCCAGAUAUUGUUUCAGCCAUAAGGGAACUUCUCCUUUGAGCCUUGUUCUCAUGGUGAUUUCCUUGGAGCAAUCCUUGGCACAGGAAUUUCCAGAAAUAAGUUGGGAGAUAUUGUCUUGCAGGGAGAAAAAGGAGGCCAGGUCCUUAUUGUUCCAGAACUAGCUGACUUCCUCAUAUCGACGUUGAACAAGGUAGUACUCCUAGGGCAAUCAUCUGCACCAUCUUAGGUUGGAAAUGUUACUGUCUCCUGUAAAAAGAUUCCAUUGCUUGCACUUGAAUAUGAACCUCCAAGGACCAAGUUGCUGAAAGCGGUAGAAGCAUCAUUGAGACUUGAUGCAAUAGCAAGUGCAGGGUUCAAACUCUCGCGUACCAAAAUGGCAAGUCUCAUAAGUAAUGGAGAUGUGCGUGUCAAUUGGACUACUGUGAUGAAAAGCAACACCACUAUCAGAACUGGAGACUUCAUAUCUGUUGCCGGAAAAGGGAGAUUAAAGAUUGGAGAAAUAAAUUCAACUAGAAAGGGGAAGUUUGCAGUUGAGCUGAUCCGGUACAUUUGAAUUGUAAAGUUAUGUCACCAGAUAAUUGGGAAUGCGGCAUAGUUUUGAACAAAUAUGUUAUUUACUCAUGGGAUGAAAUAUUUUUUAAUGUAUUACCUGAAAAAGGCAACCCUGUGUCUUUGCCAUUCUCCCAUGUGUUAGCGGGGGUACAAAGGGGAGGGGCUCUUGCUCCACAGUUUAUGUUUGAAACUGGUAUUUUAACUAUUUUUAACAUAGGGAUCUUUUCAAUGGAAAUAUUUUUUCAAUGUCCUCGCAAAAAAGAAAGAUCUUUUCAAUGGAAAUAUUUUUUUAGAUUGGGUGAGAAUGUUAAAGAAAUGCAAAUAGAACUUAUAGGUUAGGGGUCUUUGUUUUUCAUUUUUUGGGGAGGUGCAAUGUUUUUUGACGCACUCACACCUUGAUAUUUGGGAAAAGGGUCAAAAACCCCUUUGGAGUUGUCCACAAAGGGCAUCUAUGCCCUUGAACACUUUUUUUGGGCAAAAAACUGUAAAGUCAUUGAAAGAAGGGCAAUCACCCCCUUGGCCCUUGCUAACGGUAAACCACUUAACGUGGCAAGUAAGGAGUAUUCAAUUUGUUCAUUUGCUUACUAUGAACGUGUAUAACAAUUUAUAAAUGUAUUUUUAAUACUUUUUCUUUUAAUUUUAGUUUGUGCUCUAUUAAAGAAGUAAAUUUAGAAUACUUUGACCCUAAAAUCAGGACAUACUUCCUCUCUUCUUAAAUAAGUGUAAAGUGUUGAAUUUUACACAAUUCACAUGCUCUAGUUUAAUCAUG